CCCUCACCAUUAUUUUCACCAGGACAACACCGCCAGGUCCUGGAUCAUACUCACGCCACUGCCGACCUGAUGUAAUACCCUCGCCAAUCACAUUCCCUUCAACAUGGUCUCUCUUGCCUCAACUGAGAGAGCCCUUGGCAUCGUCCCUCCGAGCGCAGGCGGCAGCCUCAAGCGCAGACAUGUCGACAACUCCUCCGACGCCGAAAACACAGUGUCAAGUCAGCUCAAGCGACGCCGCGUCACCUUCGAUCCCGAAGUCGACGUACGGAUAUUGACUGACGAGAAUGAUAAGAGCCUGGAACUGGUGGGCGAGGAGGUACGGCGAGCGAUAGAGAAGCAUGCGGCGGGCGAAAAGGCCGCCUACGAUACCCUCAGAGGACUCUUCAGAGAGGCGCCGGCUUCUGAAAGUGCACCUCUGUCAGGGCUUCUCCAGAAAUACGUCAUCGCACUUACCAACAGUGCGCCAUUACUCGACCACAGCUGCAAAGGCUUGGUGCACGCCGUGAUCGAUUGCAGCUGGAUAGCCCGCAACGAGCACUUUGUGCGCUCUUACCGCAACUUCCUUCGCUCGCUGCUGUCAGUACAGCCUGGAUACCUGUCGACAGUUCUUCAGAUGCUCGUGAGCAUGUUUCUAAAUGCGCCAUCGACAACCGCUAGGCAGCAAGACGACCCACCUGUACAACCAGUGCGCCUGCAGUCCCGGAUGCACGACUCCCUAAAGCUGAUCCUGCGUUCGACCCCAAUGGCUAGCACGUUCCUAGCGCCUGUUCUUGCCACAACCUUCCCCUUCUCUGACGAUACUGCAAAGUCCCAUGUGCAGUACAUCCGUAGUAUUCUGAGGGUCACGGAAUACUGCCCGGAAUUAAAGGGCGAGAUACUGUCGCUUGUAACGGACAAGCUGGUCAGAAUAGAUGUGCAGAUGCAAGUGGAUAUGGAGGACUUGGACGAUGACGUCGAGGAGCGCCUCGUGGGAGACGCUAUUCACAACGCAGAGGAAGACGACGACUUGAGCGAUACCGACUCGGUGUCGAGCGACGAAAGCCUGGAACCGGAGGAACAACGCUUGAAAGAAGUAAGAGACGUGGUGCUAAAGCUUGACACUGUCAUGGAUCUCCAGUUCUCCUACUACGAUUCAGUUUUCGAAAAGGGUGAUCUACUCGAGAUCGACGAAACAUUCGAAAGCCUCCUUUCACAGUUUGCCAACAUCAUACUACCAACAUAUCGCUCGCGGCAUACACAAUUCGUGUUAUUUCACUUCAGUCAAACCUCUAACGACCUCAUCGAGCGGUUUGCGGGUUGCUGUUCGCAUCUUGCAUUCGAUCAGGGACGACCUCAUCUUCUUCGUGCAUCGGCCGCCGCUUACCUCGCCUCUUUCAUCGCCCGUGGUGCGCAUGUCUCUGGAGCGGUUGUUCGUGACGUGUUCGACCUCCUAUGCCACCAUCUCGAGAACUUGCGCAUGUCACACGAGCCAACAUGUAAAGGCCCUGAUCUGCGUCGUUAUAGCACAUACUACGCUAUCUCACAAGCGCUGCUGUACAUCUUCUGCUUCCGCUGGCGAGACAUCAUUGUCACUCCUGACGGCAGCCCACCCACAGACGAAGAUAUCAUAUACAACGAAGGCGACUUUCAGUGGCACAACAAGACCCAAGAGAUUAUACGCCGCAACAUCUUCUGUAGACUCAACCCUCUCAAGAUCUGUGCACCGACAAUCGUCGCUCAAUUCGCCCGCAUGGCGCACCAUCUCCGCUUCAUGUACAUCUAUCCGAUCAUGGAAACAAAUAAGCGCGUCCGACUAGCACGGACCUUGGCCAGUGGAUACUUGGAUGGCAUCGGCGGACGAGAAACGGCGCUCAACGGGAAGAAAGGCGAAGACACGUUCUUGAUGGAUGCAUACUUUCCUUUCGAUCCUUAUGUCCUGCCGCGGAGUAAGAGGUGGUUGGCACAGGACUAUGUGGAGUGGAAGCCGGUUCCUGGUAUGACGGUGGAACGAGACGAGGACGACGAGGACGACGAAGAAGAAGAGGAGGAGGAUGACGAUGAUGACGACGAUGAGGAGAGCGACUCUGAUCGGGAUGAAGUCGGUGCCGCUCCGCACGAUGAUCUAGACGACGGCAGCACAGAGACGAGCUUGUGAUUUCUUACUUUACAAAGGCGUUACUACGGUUCGGGAUGGGACAUAAGCGUCGCAUUGCUUGGCGCUAGUGGUCAUAUGGGAUGACUAUCUGGUUCGUUUCUUCACUUGAUUUGCUCAUGAUUGAUGGUUCACAUAGGAUAGUACGUGCUACAUAUACGGUGAUUUGAUGCUAGCUGAAAGCAAAUAAAAAGUUGAUACACCUC